UCCAACUCCAACUCGGCGCCGGCCUCGCCGGUCCUCGAAGGCCGCGACUCGCCGGACCUGCCGCUGACGAUGACGGCGUCGACCGUGCUGCAGGCGCUGCCGCGCGACGCGACGGCCGCGCUCGCCGAGGCCGUAGCCGCCGCCGCGUCCUUCCCGCAGGAGAAGGUGGUGGUGCGCUUCAAGCCGGUGGGGUCGGCGCCGCCGGUCCGGCGCGAGCUGGUCAAGGUCGCCAGCGCGCACAAGUUCGAGUCGGUCGUGGCCUACCUGCGCAAGACGCUCCGGGUCGCCGAGACCGAGAACGUGUUCCUGUACGUCAACAGCACGUUCGCGCCUGCGCUGGACGAGGUGGUGGGGAAUCUGUGGCGGUGCUUCAAGGACUCCAACGACCACCUCAACGUCUCGUAUUCAAUGACGCCAGCGUUUGGGUGA